AUGACUAGUGUGACUCGCAAAUUAGGAUGGGGCGGCGUCUCGUUAGAGGCGAGCGAUGAUGAGGUGGCAGCGAUGUGGGCUCGCCAGUGGGAACAAACUGGGUCUUGCAUUUCAACAUUUGAAACUAAAUGUUUCGACAAAAAUAUGCCACCCGGAGAAGAAGAAGCUUGGAAUGAUCCUGGUCCGGCCCUCUUUGUUCGAACGAUGCAUGCAUUACAACGUAACUUGAUGCGAGUCAACCCGCCAGGUCUGAAUGAGGCGAGCAUAACACCAUUCUCACUCUUCAAUACCUAUAACUAA